AUGCGACAAAACACGCGCAUAAGUUCCGCACCGGGAGUGAACGACGAGAUGAAAUCACCCAUGAUUCUCGACGGCCGCCACUACAUCUCACGACUCUUGAUCCUCCACGAACAUGUCAAAGCCGCGCACCAAUUUAAUGAGCUCGUUUUGAAUGAACUUCGGCAAAGAUAUUCGAUCUUAAGAGCCAGAGGAACCAUCCGUAGCGUAGCAAGCGCCUGCUUGAAGUGUAAAAGAUGGAACACGCAACCUAUUCAACCUCAGACCGGUAACUUACCACCAGAACGUCUUGAUCACCACAAAAGACCAUUCACCCACGUAGGCCUUGAUUACUUUGGCCCGAUCCUAGUAACGCUAUAUCGACGGAGCGAGAAACGAUACAUCGCCUUAUAUACGUGCCUCACAACCAGAGCGCUUCACCUCGAAAUCGUGAACUCACUCACUGCAGAUAGUGCUAUAAUGAGCCUCAGACGCUUCAUUGCUCGCCGAGGAUCGCCCACCACCAUAUUUUCCGAUAACGGGACUAACUUUGUUGGCUCUUCCCGCGAACUGCGCUCCCUACAUGACAACUCGGUCGUAGAGUACGCCACUAAUCACAAAAUCGACUGGCGCUUCAUCCCACCAGCAUCCCCGUUCAUGGGCGGCGCCUGGGAGCGGCUUGUGCGGACAGUGAAAGCAGCCCUCAGAUCUUGCCUAGCAAAUCAACCACUGAAGGAAGAAGUCUUGUCAACACUCCUACUCGAGGCUGAAUCGAUAGUGAAUUCCAGGCCACUCACGUACGUCCCGUCUUCCCCAGAUGCACCAGAGGCGCUAACACCAUUCCAUUUUAUCCUCGGCUCCUCAUCAGUCGUUCCAUGGACCACGUCGCUGACAGACUCAGACCUAUCCCGACGAUGUGACUGGCGGAGAACCCUCCGCCUAGCAGAUCAGUUCUGGGCACGAUGGCUACGCGAGUACUUACCGACGCUUCGAACGAGGGGACCCAACAACAACGCGUUAAAUCUUAGCGAGGGUGAUGUGGUGUUGAUCGCCGAUCCUACCCUUCCUCGUGGUUUGUGGCCACUAGGAACGGUAGCAAAGGUCUACCUAGGACCCGACGGAGCGGUCCGCGUGGCAGACGUCCACACCAGAGGGGGCGUGCUGCGCAGACCGGCCCGGAAACUUAUCCUGAUGGAGGCCGCGCCCCAGCCAGUAGCCACCAGUGGUUAG